AUGUCUAUCAAAUUAAGUGAAUUAGUAUUUAAUACAGUAUCUGAUAUUCAUACAUCUCCAAUUGACUCUGAUAUGAGAACUAUUGUUAAUGCUGUAGAGAAAGUUGAUGGAGCAGAUAUUGCUUUAAGACUUCAAUUAGAAGAUAAAAUGCGUGAUUAUUCAAAGAAACGAAUUUCUGAAGGAGAGAUAUUAAAUUGUUUAGUUCUUGCAAAUUAUGUAGUCCAAAAUUCUCCUUGUUUUAGAACACAAGUAGCUGAAUUAUCAUUUGUUAAUCGUUUACAAAAAAUUGGUAAAAUGAAGAAAUUACAUAAUGAAGUAAAUAUUGUAGAAGAUAAAGUAAGAGAACUUAUUGCUGUUUGGGGAACUUAUUUCCCAUGUGAAUUAAGUGAAUAUGCAUUCCUUUAUAAAAGAUAUUGUAAUCAAAGUAUUAUUAAUCCAAGAACACAACCAACAGUAUUUCUUCCAACUGAAGUAACAAGAUUAAUUCCACACGUAGAACAUAAUUUAAGAAAUAUUACAAGAGCACUUGAAAUUGGUUCAGGUAAUUUAGAAACUAUUUACAAACAUGGAAUGAAAAUUAGUGCUAAAUAUCAAAAACAAUGUGCUCUUUGUCGUAAACAAGCAGUUAGAUAUGAUGUUAAUCAAUUAAAUGCUAUUGAAGAAAUAGGUGAACGUUUAGAAGAAUAUUUAAAAGAGUUAGAAAAAGAAAUACAAAAUAAUUCAAAUAAACUAGUUGAACCUACUACUUUUUCUGUAGAUGAGAGUGAAUUAGUUAGACCAAUUUCUUGUAAGUUUAAUGUUUCAUUAUUACCUCCUCCAUCAUCUCCAAAACUUCAUUCUAUUCUUCAUUAUAGAGGUGAAUCACCCACUUCUCCAAUAUCUCAAAGUUGCUGUUAUUCACGUAAUGAUAAUCAUUUAGAGUCAUCUGGAGAUCUUUCUCCAUUAUGUAAUUUCUCAUUAUCUCUUGACCCAUCAAAAUCUCCAUUAAAGGGAUGUACUCCAAACAUCUUUAGUUUUGAUGAAGAUUUACAAUUUGAACAACACCAACCUGGUCCGUUACAAAAUUCUUUGCUUUGA